GAUCAUUAAAGUCACAAGCAUCACGGGAGGCACGUUCUCUACUACAUCAGAUGCCGGAUAUCGUCCCUUUCACUUCCGGCCCAGUGCGUGAGAAGAAGGUCCUCUCACUGGGCUUCUUCCGCACUGGCUCCAACUCGCUCCAAGAAGCCCUCAAUAUCCUCGGAUACCGCGAUGUCUUCCACUCGUCCGCCAUGGCAAGGUCUCCAGAGAAGUGGGUAGGCCUCUCAGCCGCGGCCGACGCCAACAUCCCAUGCUUGCCUUCCUACACAGGCCGCACCUACACGCGCGAGGACUGGGACGUGUACUUUGGUCCUUGCGAGGCGCUGACCGACGUGACGCCUUUUGCCGAGCCUUUGCUCAACGCGUACCCGGAAGCCCGCGUCAUUCUUGUCCACCGUGACUUUGAUGCUUGGGCCGAGAGCUUCUUGAAUACCCUGGUUCGUCCUUCAUCCGAGGGCGUCUUGCCUUGGUUGAGCGGAAACUUGAUGGAGCCGAUUUUGGGGAUGUACAUCAGCCAGACCGCAUGGAAGUUGUACAUGGGCCUCUUGGGAGUGUGCGACCUCCGCAAGACGACGGAUCGCACCAUCAUGCGUGCUGGCUACGACCGCCACUACAAUAACGUGCGGCGUAUAGUUCCUCCCGAGCGACUGCUGGAGCUAGACCUCAAGGACUUGGAUUGGGAACCGGUGUGUAAAUUCCUGGGCAAGCAGAUUCCAAACGUGCCGUUUCCUCGUUUGAAUGAAGGGCGCGUCUUUCGGAAUGAAAAGCGAUUAAGAACCGCGUAUGAAGUGUUGGGACAUGCCGGUCGAUAUCUGGAUAUGAGAAAGUAG